UUUUCCCCGGGAGUGGCAGCAGCUGCCUCUGUUUUUGACGGGGAGGUUGACAUCUGGACCUGGAGGGGAGGAAUCAGGGCCGAAGGCUCCCCAUCCAGGGAGAAGAAGAAAGCGAGAUGGAUGCUGUGCGGUUAAACAUCCCCAGUCCACAGGAAGGGUCCGGUGGGGAAUCUUCUGAGCUUCUGUGGACCCAAAGAGAGCAAAAUAUGGAUACAGAGCAAGGGAGGCAACCAGAAUUCCAGUUCCAUGCUGUGUUCAAGCCGUGGGUGCCCAUGGGAAUGAAAGCUGAGGAGAAAGACCCGGAAGCCUCCACACCCAGGGACAAAUCUGGGGAAAUGGAGCAAGCCCCUCACAAUGCCCAUGUUGGGAGUGUCCAGGAAUUUGUGCCAAGGAUCCCUGUGGCUCAGGUGAAACAGGAGCCCUGCGAGGGUCUCCUUCAGCAGUGGGAUGCCCAGUGGCAGGAGUUCCUAAAGACAGUGGAGGCCCCUGACUCAGGUUGGGGUGUCGCACCUUUCCCAGAAGAGCCCUCUCCAUGGGAUGAUGCCAAGGCCUUCCUGGCCGCCUUUGAGCAAGUGGCCAAAGCCUGUCGGUGGCCCAGGGAAGAGUGGGUGGCCCGCCUCUUGCCGGCCCUCAGUGGAGAAGCCGAGCAGGCCUUUAACAAGCUGGAGGUUGGCGACAGAGAGGACUAUGGGAAGGUCAAAGAAGCCAUCUUGCGGCAGGAUGCAGCAACCAGAGAGAGGUGGUGCCACCACUUCCGGCAUUUCUGCUACCAGGAGGCCGAGGGGCCGAGAGGGGCUUGCAUCCAGCUCCGGGAACUCUGCCAUCGGUGGCUGAAGGUCAAGAGACACAGCAAGGAGCAGAUCCUGGAGCUCUUGAUCCUGGAGCAGUUCCUGGCUGUCCUGCCCCCGGAGAUCCAGAGCUGGGUCAGGGAAGGCGGGCCGGAGACCUGCUCCCAGGCGGUGUCCCUGGCCGAGGAUUUCCUGCAGCUGCAGCGAGAGGCGGAGAGCAAGGACAAACAGGAGUCAUCCAUGAGUUUCUCUGAAGCAACGCAGGCCGUCUCAGACUCGGGGCAGAGGGACGAAUGCAGAGAGGCCAAAGAGGAGGAGGAGGAGGAGGAGUGUGAUGACGGGGGCUUGCAAGAUUACAGACCAGGGAACGAGUGUGAAGAGAUAAAGAGUCAACCGGAAAAUACUGAGCGAGUGUUAUCACCCCAAAAAAGAGCAACCAAGACACACCCGGAAGGUGAAGCCUCUGAGAAUCUACAGAAGCUAAAGAGGCAGCAAGGGAAUCUCCCAAGGAACGCUAUGGGGAAACCCGCUCCCUGUGGGGCAAUCAAGAAGUCCCUCAGUGAAGCCCCACUGCUUCAGCAGCAGCAGGUCGGGUCUGGGGAAGGCCACGUGCAGGACUUGGUCCUUGUGAAAUAUGAACAGGUUGAAAUCCGGGAGCCAACUUAUCCACGGGAGGACGGGAAGAGCCUCAGUUCUAAGGAGCACCUUCGGAGGCACCAGCGGAUCCACACUGGGGCAAAACCCUAUCAGUGCUCGUUCUGUGGGAAGACCUUCAGCCGCAGGUCCCACCUGGUUACCCACGAGAGGACGCACACCGGAGAGAAACCGUACGAGUGCUCAUACUGUGGGAAAACCUUCAUCCAGAGCUCUCACCUGAUCCUGCACGAGAGGACACACACGGGGGAGAAACCGUACCAGUGCUGCGCUUGCGGGAAGAGCUUCAGCAGCACCUCGAACCUUCUUGCACAUGGGAGGACCCACACGGGGGAGAAACCCUACAAGUGCAGUGUGUGCGGGAAGGGUUUCAUCAGCAAGUCGCACUUGAUAAGGCACCGGCGGAACCACGCAACAGAGAAGCCACAGGGGGAACAACUCGGCUCAGGGAAUACCUUUUGUCUCAGCUAGCUUCUGAGACUGGGAGAGGCGAAGGACCCACACUGGAGGAAAGCCAUAUUGGAAUAUCCGCUUUAUUUCACAUGGGAGGAAAACUGGGCGCUGGACUGUUGUAUCUUCUCAUUCAGGUUCCACUGUGACUGGGGUGAUUGCAAGCAAUUAAAAGUCCCUUUGAAGGUUUGGUGCCCUUGAAGCAGUGUUCACAUUAGAAUGCUGACGUAGCAUGUGUGAUAGCUAGGGCUAUCAUCUUAUUAAAGAAACCAUU